AUGAACAACACAUUGAAAGUUACCCAAAAUGGUGGUGAUCCUCUGCUUAUUUACUCUGCUUCAGAAAGUACUACCAAUAAUUCCAAUAUUGUUGCUACCCUUUUGGAUUCUGGCAAUUUCAUCUUACACCAAGUCAACUCCGACGGAUCAACGGAAAGGGUGUUGUGGCAAAGUUUUGAUUAUCCCGGAGGCACCCUAUUGCCAGGUAAGAAGUUAGGUGUUGAUUAUAAAAAUGGUCACAUUUGGUCACUGUCAUCGUGGACUAGUCUGUACAGUGCAGAACCGGGGGCUUUCACUCUCGAUUGGGACCCCGGUGAGCACCAGUUGAAGAUCAAGGAACGAGGGAAUGUUUGUUGGAGUAGUGGUGUCUUUAGCAAUGGAAGAUUCAAGUUUGUAUUACCUGAUGAUGAUUCCAAGAAGAUGAGGUACAAUUUUAGCAUUGUUUCAAAUGAGAAUGAAGACUACUUUACUUAUACUUAUGUAGGUGAUCAAAGUGAUGCAUCACAAUGGGUGCUGAACAUCAUGGGGCGACUACCAGUGGCGGAUCCAGGAUCCAAGAGUUGUCUAGGCUAA